UUCAACCAGGAUGCCACGAACUGAAAUGCCUGAGCAAGCUCCACAUGGAGGGAUUCCGCAGCCUGAAAGAAGGGGAGGCCGUUGAGUUCACCUUCAAGAAGUCGUCCAAAGGGUUGGAGUCCAUCCGAGUGACCGGCCCCGGGGGCGUGUUCUGCAUUGGCAGUGAGAGGAGACCAAAGGGGAAGAACCUCCAGAAACGCAGAUCUAAAGGAGACAGAUGCUACAACUGCGGGGGGCUGGACCACCAUGCCAAAGAAUGCAAACUGCCGCCGCAGCCCAAGAAAUGCCACUUCUGCCAGAGCAUCGCCCACAUGGUUGCCAGCUGCCCCAUCAAAGCACAGCAAUCGCCCAGCUCUCAGGGAAAGCCCGCCUACUUCCGGGAGGAGGAAGAAAUGCACAGCUCGUCCCUUCUUCCUGAAACCAGGGAAUGAUGGCGGGGGCUCGGGGGGAGGUGGGGGGGAAUUCCAUCAGGAUCAAAAGGCUUCAACAAGGGAUAGUCAGCCACGAGGGAGCAGUCUCUGCCGCCAUGAUUUCGGGGGGUUGGCAUGAGGAGGGAGGGUGGCAGCUCUAACCGUGGGAUGGCUGUUUGCUGAUUCCAAAAUCCCAGCACAGAUUUACCUCACUCCUCUCCCCCGUGAGUGGGGAGAACCCUCUUCCCCCUCUGUCCAAAAGUGGGAGAGCGAGCAGCCCCAUAACCCUGUCCCUAACCACUGCCUCCGGCCCAAAGCCACACGCUGCUCUGCUUUCUUUCCCUGGGUGGGGCGGGUUUUCUAACACAGCGUUUGUGAAUCCCUGGGUCUCUUUGGGUGGAGCAAGGCCGGUCCUUCUACCCUAGCCGGAGAGCAGAGACAAGCCCUCGAUGGCCAGCUAGACACUAGCAAGCAACCUAUUCCUGGCAGAGGAAGGUGGGACAGAUGGAUCUCACCCAUAUCCAGCCCAGGUCUGCUGCUUGCCCAGGAGUAUCCACGCUCCAGUGUUUUGAGGCCCGCAGGGGAACAGUGGAACAGUAAUCUCCUCCGGGAGAAAGCUGUAGCGGCCCCUGAAACAGCUGGGAAGGCAUUCCGUGCUGGACGGAGGGUUUUCUUCUAGCAUGGCUGGGACUUAUUCCCCUUCGUUUCAGAGCCACCACGCUCCAGCUCCUCCUCUCCCAAUUUGUGGGGCAGAGGAGGGAGUUGAGGGGAGGUGCUCGGCUUUCUGUUCUGAACAGCCUUUCCCUAGAGACCAAUCCCGGGCCUUAUAAAAUUGCUCCCCUGGCCUUGGACCUCGAACUGGACUUGGGGUUUCGUUCCCUGAAGGCCAUUGCAACGCCGACCUUUUAAAGUGGCACCAGCCGGGGACGGAGCAAAGAACACGGGGGCCUGGUUGGAAGGAAGCCGUGGGGACCUCAAAACUGUCACACAUGGGGCAGGUGCCUCGUUUACAGGAGCCCUUCCAGCCCAGCUGUAACCUGCUGCUCUGGCGGCAUUGCCGUGGACAGGAGGCACGGGAGCACGGGUCUUGGUCUGGACCCUGGUGGGCCCUCAUUGCCCCGGGGCUGCAAUGCAGGGUCCAAGCAAGGAAGAAGCCAUAUUUUCUCCCCACUGUUUUUAAAAGCCUCGCAGUCGAGAGCGCCGAGGGUGGGAUAUAUUUACUGCCCAGCGCCAACGGGCUGAUCCGAGAGCACAGUGAAGUCAAUGGGAUUCUCUCCACUGAGUUCAAUGGACCUUGGAUCACUCCCAUAUUGUAGACCGCUUGCUUCUGCUCCUCCCUUUAUUAGGGCCAACCCUCCAGUCCAUAUGCACCUGCAAUGCCCUCUUUCGGCAUAAGGACUGCAGGCUCGGUCCUUUCCUUCCCCAUAGGAACAGGGUGACCUUCUGUCAGUUCAAAGCUGCUGCCUUCUCUCCCCACCUUGUCUUCCCCCACCCCCCAGUCUGCCUUUAUUUAUUUGUUCCCGGGGACAGCUGCCCUUGCAACGCAAGGCCCCCCCCUUCCGUGCUGAAGCCGAACAUGAUGUGAAACCUGCACUAAGACGUGCGCGUAUGACGUAUCUUUGGGUUUGUUUGUCGUCUUUGUUUUUUUUUUAUAUAUAAAUAUUCUGGUUUUUUGUAUUUUUGUAUAUUUUAAUCUUAAAGAGAGCGAGAGAGAGAGAGAGAGAGGACAGAACUACUGCAACUUCUUCUCAGGUAUUCGCGCAAUCUCAGGGAUAGACGGUCUCUGCAGCCACCGUGCUGCACCGAGUGGAAUUUUGUUUCUUUGCGUUUUACCCGCACCGCGCCGGAACAGAGUUUGUAUUGGAAGCGGCAGGGCUGCCUCGCGGGAUGGUCUAAUGAUUGUUAAAAGCUGUAUUUCGAACGGGCUCUUUUCCUCUCUCCCCGGAUUGACAGGCGGCUCUGUGGGUCUGCGGGUGGGUAUGGAGAAGUCAGUCAGUGCUGCAGAGGAGGGUUCAGCCAUCUGUCUCCAUUGUGGUUCAAAUUCUUCCCCCUCUCGUCCUGCCUCCAUGUUCCCCGCGGAAUGGUCGCUGGCGGAAAACGCUCUUGGGCACCUAGUUUGUGCCCCACUCCAGUUGCUGACGAGGACCAUCCAGGCCCGACAACAGGGGUGGGCAAAGGGAGCAGCUCCC